GAGCCCUUGAAAUCGUUCAAAUUUAACUUCAAACCAGACGCUUCCCUUCAUCGACUGAAAACUGAAAAUCUCAUUCACAUCCGGCCCAGCAAACGACUAACAACCAUAGAAAAACUAAAAAAAAAAUUUAAGUAAAGUGGAUAAGUUGAAGAUGAAUCAGUCCCCCGAUCAGAAGGUAGCCCUAGGCCGGAAGUUGACGCCGCCACUAGUUGAGCCAGUUUCCCCAUUGACCCAGCUUUCUGGGCCGAACUUUAGAGCCCGUCGUGCCGUAGUCGAGUAUUACGUGGGUCCCCAAGUGUCCCCAGAUGAAGCACUGCUACCUAUGCCGCCGCACAACAAGGUCCAAAAUAUAGCGGAGAUAAUGCAGAAGCUGCAGCAAAAGCUGCUCAGCAGCACCAACAUGUGGCACCGCGCUCUACGAUUUAUCAAGCAGAGACUGUAGUGAGCCGGAUUCCAGGUUCCGCGUCCAGGUUCCGGGUCCAGUUUCUAUCCUUUCGGCUAUACGUACAAGGCCGAGGACCCGAGUACCUUAUACACAUAAUGGAGAUCGGAGUUGUGGAUCUUUUCCGUUUCGACUGGCCCCAUAUUUUUUGCUAACAUCUGAAAAUUUUCGAUACUUGUCAAGUGAGAGAUUUUAGGAUCCACCUUUGGAUUUUACUUCCUGAAAUUCUACUACAUAUACGUGUCGUUUAUUGAAAUGAAUCUACAAUGGAAAACUUAUAGUUGAGUGAAAUAUAUGAUUGUGCCUUCAAAAACUA